UUGAAAUGUUUCGGAGUGAUCGAGUUGCAAGUGAACACCAUCGGACUCCAUUUUUUUUCAAAAUGGAUAAUUUUAUUUCUCUUCACCAUGCUUCUCCCGCUAGUGACGGUGCAAACCGAUUCUUCGCCUCGCGUCAAUUUAGGCCAAGGUCAAUGGUUGCAAUUAGAGAAAAUCUCGUACGUGGAUGGCCAAGGCAAUGAGCGAUGGUGGGAACGUUGCAUACGAAAAAAGGCGUCAACGGCAUCAGUUGACGCUGUUGAUAUUCAUGCCAUCUUGCUCACCCCCGAACCUGAGCUACUGCUUGUCAUCCAAUACAGACCUGCCAUUGGCAAAUAUUGUAUCGAAUUUCCAUCAGGUCUUAUCGAUGCGAAUGAAGAACCCAUUAUAUCUGCUCAACGGGAACUGAAAGAAGAAACAGGUUAUCACGUCCCCAGAGAGCAAAUCCAGAUUCAUGCAACCCCUGUAUGCUAUGAACCUGGCAUGACCGAUUCUUGCUGCUAUGUUGCAUAUACAACGAUUGAUGUGUCCAAAGCGUCCAAGCCAGAACCUCAAAGAGAGGCCGAUGAAUGGACCAUGCAAACCCUCAGUUUACCACUGAAAGGACUGUGGCAAAAGUUACAAGAUCUUCAAGCUUCUUCCGUGCAGCCAUUACUGAUUGACAGUCGUGUGUAUGCAUUCGCAGCAGGACAACGUGCAUACCAACAACAUCUUGUUUCUUAAUACAAAAAAAGAUCUCUGUUUAUUUAUUAAUUAGGUUUACAAUACUUUUUUUUUUUCUUUCCGUCUACUUCACUCGGCCACACAUCUCUAUUU